AUGGCUACAAGGCAACAAGCAUUAGAGGAGCAGGUGGCGAUGUUAUCUCUUUCGGUCCAAAAGACAACGAAAGGGGAUUCAGAAAAAAAUAAUGAAGAACAAGGCAGCAAUGAAGGCAAGAAAAGAAAUUCAGAUUCGCAACACGGUGGGGCCAUGGUGCCACGAUACUCUAAGAUGGAAUUUCCCACUUAUGAUAGGGUUGGAGAUCCUUUAGGAUGGUUAAAAAGAUGCGAAAUUUUUUUUGGCAAUCAACGGACCAACGAAGAAGACAAAGUCGGCCUAGCUUCAUUCCAUCUUUUAGGAGAGGCACAAUUAUGGUUUGAUCAAAUCGAAGAAGAGGAGGCAAAUCUGGAUUGGGAACGCUUCAGAGAGUGUUGUCAUAUCAGGUUUGGGCCACCUAUGAGUAAUAACCCCUUGGGGGAACUUGCAAACUUGAGACAAACUGGGACGGUAGAAGAAUAUCAACGCCAAUUUCAAUCACUACUUGCUAGGACUAUCGAUCUUAAACCUCGACAACAAGUAAACCUUUUCUUCUGGAUUGGUAGAGGAACUUAG